GGUUUCUUGCCUAAUUCUUCUACUUUCCGUCCUUGUCGAUUCUUCUAAUGUCCGUUGGAUCGAUGCUUGACUGUCUAUUUCGAUUUUUUCUCUCUCUCAUAUUUUUAUUACUCAAUAAUCUGUUGUCUCAACGGUUCUUGUUGUUUGGAUGAAAUGGACUUGCAUCUUUAUUUUGCAAGUUUUACUCAAAGAUGGUUCAUUUUCGUAUAAUUAUGCAGGAUGAAGCGGUGGCAUUGCCCACGGAGCUGGGCGAGACGUCCCAUCCCUCCACCGGCUGCAGUCGGUGGGAGGAGCUGCUCCCCGAUGUGCUGGCCAAUAUCUUCCACUUCCUAAUCAUGGAUGAUGUCAUCAUCGCCUCCCGCGUCUGCCGUGCCUGGCAGACCGCUGCCUGCAUGGAGCUCUUCCUCUCAAGAGGCACCCUCGACCUCCGCCCUCUUGACCAUCUCCGAGGCCCCUCCAAGCAGCAGUACGCCAUGCUCCUCUCCAUUGUCCUCUCCCGCACAGCCUCCUGCGAUUGCUGGAAGAUCUUCAUCGCGCCGACUUACGUCGCGAUGCCGGACUCCUUCUUAGUGGACUUCGCGCGCCGGACUCCCCGGCUUCGCGCGGUCUCCCUACCGUUGCGGUCUGCCUUCCCCCUUGACACCUUGGCUGCCCUAUUGCCGCACUGGAGCCAAUUGGCUUGCUUUCGUGCGCUGAUUCACCGGACGGCCACCGCGAUCGCGCUGAGAGACCUUGGCUUCAUGUGCAAGAACAUACGGGCGCUGAAUCUGCUGACAAGGAUUGGUGCGGAGGAGGCCGCUGCCAUGGUGGAGAACUUCCCUGGCCUGUGGUUGCUGCAGAUGGCACGGUGCGUGGUGACGGUGGAGGCGCUGGUGUUGAUCUUGGACGGGUGCAAGCAGCUGAAGAAAUUGGACAUCCGUCACUCCAAGUUCGUCGACGAGAUGGACAUCGGCAUGAAUCUGAUGCAGGAUGUGAUCAAGAAGGGUUCCAGCUUGCAGUGGUUCCUCUACUGCAAGGAUCCAGGUUCGUGUUCCGAAUGCUGGACCGAGAGCUUUCUGUUUUAGAAGUGAAAGGGAAGUAGGGGAUAGAAAUUUUCUGAACUGCUGCCUGGAAUCACCGCAAACAAUGGCUUUUUUGGUAAAACUAAUUAAGAAAUAUAUUAUUAUGUAGGUAUGUAAUGUACAGUUGGCCUUUUUGUUUAGUUUUGUAUUUUGACUGAUCUUUUCUAUAUGAUUUCAGUCUAUUUUUUUUA